GACAUGUGGAACACGAAUCGAACAAGCUCCUCGCAAAGGGAUUAUCCGACCUGAGUUCAAUAAAUUGGUGGCGCGCCAUAGCCGUAGGAUUUAUGUCUAUUAGCAAUCCAAACGGGGAAGGUAGAGGACGCCUAGGGGAAGCUUUGCGCGAACUUAGUUUCCUCAAGACGAGACAAGAUCUUGAACUGUCUUCUGUCGUGGCGUUGCUUUUUUUCCAUAGGCUUGCUGAAAACAUAGACUACGAAGAAAUUGAGAUACUAUCCAACUUGGCGGCGAGAGCGACGGAGCGUGCAUCUGAGCCAAGCCUUUUGCUAUGUGCUCAAUUCCAUUUGUAUGCUGGUAUCCAUGCAACAAGUAAUGAACGCUUGUGUGAGCAAUUCAAGGCAUCCCGCAGCCUCAUUAGAAAAGCCUAAUUCAGCGUAAAAAGCUACGCAUAUCUCAUGAUAAGGUAGUGUUAUUUCCAGGUAAUCGAAGCUGAUACAAUUGCAGAGACCGAGACACAAAAACAGGCCCAUAUUCUCUGGGCAUGGAUCCAACUUUCUAGUCCAAUGGAUUCGUGGCAUAAUGAUGGUCGAGACGUACUGCGGCACCUUGAUGGUGCAACAUGUGGUUCCGAGGAGUCUGUUUGGGACUUGGAGAGUUUGAUGGCACAUGCGUCUGCGCUAUAAGAAUACUAUUUCUCCUGAGCGAAUUAUAUGCGAAUCUCCCUGUAGGCUCGUGCGUGUUACUACGAACUCAUGAAGCAGUACCUAAGCGCAUUAGAUUUCCUGAACCAGGCCGUUGCUCUUCAAUCGUGGAGCCCGGCCCUUUUAGAAAAAGCGAAAGUGUUAGUUCAUUUAGGUGACUGGGAGCAAGCGGCGGAGACGCUUCAGCGUGUUUUGCAACAAAACGAGGGGUCUAUGGAGGGACUGCGUCUUAAUGUUCUGAUGCAUAUGGUGCAGCAAGCAGAUGAUCAAGUUACUCAGGAACUGCUUAGACGAAUGAUCAAGUCAAUGGAAAUAUACGAGGGAUUAAAUGCCGACCUUUUCUACAAAACAGCCCGUACUCUGAGUCGUCUGGCUGGUCGAAAGCCCCAAAUUAUGAAUCUCAUUUCCGGGAUUUGCAAGAAAGCAAUUCAAUUGAAUCCAUCGUCAACGUCAAUCUACAUAAUGGAGCUCGCUUAUGAGAAGGCAAUGCUGUGUGACUAUGAUAGCGCAAUGAAAAGCUAUCGUGAAGCAGGGCGAACUGAUGAGACUAAUAUUGCAGCACUUUAUGGGACUAUCUACAGUCAUAUUAUGCUGGGUGAGCUUAGCAAUGCAGAGCAGCAGCUAGACUUUCUUGUGGCUAUCUCGGAAUCCAUAGAGCCAUCAGCCCACUUGCCUUUUCUUAAGGCACUCCUUGCAUGGCGGCAUCUUGGCGACGCGGAUAAGCAUGCUAACCUGUUAGAGCAGGCCGAGAUACUUCAUUUUAAAUCCAUGGCUAGUUACAAAGCAUCGGACACAUAUGAGAAACUUUUCCUCUUAAAUCCUGACUUUCUAAUUCAAUUGGCAAAGGAGUAUAUACUACAUUUGCAAUUUGCCGUCAAGUUGAUGCAUGCGGGCAAGGCUAGGGCAGUUGGUCAAAGCAGGGCUGUGCGCCGUGGCAUGGAUAUAUUAGAGCACGUAUCGCGCGAGGCUCCUGGACUAGUAGAGCCAUAUCUCAUACUGGCCCAUACUCAAUUCACGCUAGGGGAAUUUGAAGCAGCAACUCGAGUGGUGAAUAUCGCACUAAAUUUCGACACUCGGUCUGCUCCGGUCCAUCUUCUUGCGGCGCAGCUAGCUCUGGCCAAUGGGAACACUCGAGGGGCUGGUGGUGCUUUGGAUCAGGCCACCGCCUGUGAUUUUCAUGUUCGUAAAGCCCCCGCAUAUGCGUUAGUAAAGGCUGAGCUGUAUUUACUCGAAGAAGACCCCGAAGGAGCUUUAAAAAUUUUACGCGAUGCGAUUCAGUUGCCCGGUAUUAGGGACAUCGUCACCACCCAAGGCGUUGUUCCGGUAUCAGAACGGGUAGCUGUAUUUGUUAACCUGGCAAAUGUCCUUUCUGGGCUGAAUCGAUUCGCCGAAGCUGCAAGUGUUCUUGCUGAGGCUCGGGUGCGGUUUGCAGGCACCUCGGAUGAGGCUCGGGUUCUUAUGUCCAGUAGUAUGCUCGCAAUAAAAUGCAACGACUUUGAUAAGGCUAUAUCCAUACUAGAUGGUGUACCUAAAUCCUCACCCGUGUACGUUUGCGUUCAGCACUUUAAAGCGAAUCUUUAUCUCACAGAAAGGCAUGACAAACACACUUAUAUGCAGUGUUUUCGAGAUCUUGUUGAUUUCAGUCCAAGCGCACAUUCAUACGAGCAGCUUGCUGCUGCCUUCAUGCACAUCCAGGCACUUGAAGCCGCAAUAGAAGCUUAUGAACGUGCAUAUAGCUUGAGUCCACAUGAUGUGUCACUUGCGGUGAAGAUAGGCCAUGCUCUUGUUUCCACGCAUGACUAUCUCAAGGCAACUAACUACUAUGUCACUGCCCUUCAGGCUCAUGCAGAUGACAUAAGUUUGAGACAUGAUCUUGCUACAUUAUUCAUGAAGCUCAAGAAGCACGGAAAUGCCACCAAGGUCCUCACUUACGUACUGCAGCCUGCGGGCUCCUUGCCAGAGACCUCCAAGAUGAGCAACGAGGUUCAGUCCCUACUGCUACUAGCUGAGGUGCAUGCGCGUGCUGCCAAAGGUGUCGCCAUUGCUGAUGUGCCUGAUGCAAAGCAUGCUGUAGUCAGCUUUCUCCUCAAGGCUCGCGACUUACAGCGCCUUAUUUUAAAAAAUGUAAAUUCAAUCAUGGAGACACCUGAAGUCGUCAAUGAACAGAAGAGAGUCAUGGUCAAGAUAUGUUGCGAGCUUGCGAACUGUUACCUUGAAGAGGAUAAGCCCGGAGACAAGGCCUUGGAUGCAUACCAAGAUGCUCUUAAGGCAGAUAACGUAAACUUAUAGUCACACAGAAUUUGCUAUGCUCCCUUUUCCCUUAACAAAUCGCAAUGUAGGCCAACAAUAAUUGUAUGUUUCAGCUCGCACGACUUUGGGCCAAGCAAAACAAACAAGAAAAGAGUGAACAGCAGUGUGUGGCGAUACUACGAAUCAACCCCAAGCAUGAUGACUCUGCCAUGCUUCUCGCUGAUCUUCUAUCUCAAAAUCAGAAUCAUGAGGCAGCGACAGAUAGAAUUUGUCAGAUUCUGGAACGACACCCCAGUAACUACCUUGCUCUUAGCAAAUUAAUUAGAUUAUUUCGCCGCGCCGGCAGACUUGAUGACGUAUCUCGAUUCCUCGAAAUUGCAGAACAGUCAGAUUCUCGUGCACUCUCGCACCCAGGUCUGUGCUUUUGUAAAGGACUUAAUUGCCGUUAUUCAAACAAUCUAAUUGCGGCCAUUAAACACUUUAACCUUGCACGAUGGGAUAGUAAAUGGGGAGGACUUGCUAUUAUGAAUAUGAUUGAGCUAUACCUCAACCCAGAGAAUGAGCCUCAGAAUCUACACCGUGUUCCAACUCACCGCCUUGGAAAUCUUUGUAACUGCCGGACCCGUAGGUGGGAUGAAAAAAGCGAAACUGAAUUCAAUUUGCAAACUGAUAUGACCGUUGGUCACCUUCUCAAAGAAUUGGAAAUUUUCGAGGUUCCCGUUGACGUUAAUAUUAAAGUUAAAGUUCUGAGAGCAUAUUCUUAUCUCACAAUUCGAUCACAAGCAAAAAUUGACCAAGCUAUUCAGAUGUUCAUUGAAAUUUUAGAAAGACGGAAGGACUAUCUUCCUGCACUGCUUGGCAUAUCUACCGCAUUUUUGAUUGAUAAAUCGACCACAAAGGCGCGCAACGCAUUGAAGCGCAUUGCCAAAAUGCCCUACUCACAUGAGCUUGCAGAAGAGUUUGAGCGAGGAUACUUGCUACUGGCAGAGAUAUACAUUCAAAAGUCUAAGUUUGACCUCAGUGAGGACCUAUGCAAUCGCUGCCUUAAGUAUAACCUGAGUUGUAGUAAAGCAUGGGAGACCAUGGGCGUUAUCCGAGAAAGGGAAGCGUCUUACAAGGAUGCUGCUGACAUGUACGAAAAGGUUUGGUCAGUGCUUAAAUUCAAUACUGAGCUUUGAGCAAUAAUUUAAUCAAAGUCUGCCGGCUGUAGGCCUGGCGUCUUGAGCACAGAGCAUCUGCAAGUACUGGGUUUAAGCUUGCAUUCAAUUACCUCAAGGCAAAGAGGUUUGUUGAGGCCAUUGAAGUUUGCAACAAGGUGCUCAAUUUGUACCCAGAUUACCCCCAAAUUCGGGCAGAUAUACUAGAUAAAGCCAUGAUAGCACUCCGACCAUAAAAGAAUCCUGGAAAAUCACAUGCUUUUGUUUGAGAGAAGCUUCAGGCAUGAUGAACUCCCUUCAUUUGAAAUUUAAGAAUAUUUAAUCAACGUGCAGGCAUUUAAGGCGCCUUUGGGUCGUAGAAUCAAUUCUCGUUCCUAUGCUAGUAAUUUGGUCUCUCGAGCGCCUCGGGUACCUAUGGCGUGGAUCGCAUGUGCAAGCGCGGCCGUUUAGUCCAACAGUGGCAAAAGAAGCCUGAGUGCCCGCUGCGGGCCGGAGGACGCAGCGCGGUCGUUUUUUCUUUCAAGUUGCAGUCGCCCCCGGGCCAGCUCUCCUCGGGCUGGCGGGCAAGUGACCAUUUUCUUUCUAACUCUGUUGGAAAAUGCCGUGGGUAGCGUACUGACGGGCCUCUCUGUCAGCUAUGGGCUGGGGCGAACGAUUCUACCCGUCCACUGGCAAGCCUGAGUUUCAAGUUGCACCGUCACGGUGCCUCAAUGGGCCUUUUGGUGGGAAUUUGGUAAGUGUUUCGGCCCGAAUCUGAGUGUCUGACGAAGUGUUCGGACGAAAUUUUAAGUGCUUAAUCUGGUUCUAGUGCCAGUUGGUUCUAGUAGGUACUAAAAGGGGUGCUAAAAGAGUUCAAACCAGAAUAGCCCGGUGUAUAGGGCUGCGUUCGUUCGGCCUAAGGUACGUCCGAGUCGUCGGUCACGGUGGCUAUCUUGUGGCGGGGGCGGGCUCAGGGGCGCUAUAGGGGCAGUCGCGCGCUAGGGUGCAGUUUACGCACGGCGUUCUUUACGUGAGAAGCGGUCCAGCGUCAUUUACGCCGUAAUUUACGCGUAAUUUACGCGUGCAUUUAUUUAUAAAACCCGCACACACGCGGGCAGAGCGCCUAACAAGGCCUUGGUAGCCACGCAGCUCAAUAGCAGCACGAGCACGGCGCAUAAGCUUACACCUAGAGUGCACACCUUGCUCGCAACAGCAUGCAACUAGCAAUUGGCUCGGCUCUGACAACGUUUGGGGCAGCCACACUCUGCGAGGUGCUGUUCGCGAGCUAGAGUCUUAAAGGGCCGCUAGCGCCGGCUUCGGGAAGAGCCCUGGAAGGACUUUUGGAUACCUCCUUUUUUACGCCGUUUUUUACGUGGGAUCUCCUGUAGCGGUGCUUUACGUGUAAUUUACGCGUGUUUUCCACGUAAACUGCACCCUAGGUCGCGCGUUGCGGGUACUGCGCGCGCAAGUGUUUUUAGCUAAAUUCAAGUGUUCAAGUUUGGGCGAGAGUGUUUGGGAUGUUUUGGUAAGUGUCUGGAGGCAUCUCGGAGCCUGAGGCCCCGGCCCGGGGCCGGGGGAGGAGCAAACAUUUGCUAAGUGUUUCUCGUCCACCCUGACUCGGAAUGCCAGUGGGCCUAUUCAAGUUCACUGGCAUUCAAGUCACUCAGGCUCAGGCUCCGAGUCAGUGCCAGUGACGGUUGCCAUCUUGAAGUCACGCCGGUUCAACUUGAAGUUGCCCGGGCCGCGGCCAGCCUGAGGCUUGCCAGGACGCCUACGGUCAACCCGCAUCGAGUGGCGUAUAAUAUAGCUGUUGUGGCUUAGGUUUGAAGUGUGCCUGUGAUCAUGUAUACGUAUGCCAGCGGCGGCUGACGUAGGCAUAUUAUUAUCGGUAGGUACCGUAGGUACGGUAUCAGAACUUGUAAAAUCGUUUUGAAGCAAUUAUUUCCGUGAUUACCG